AUGUCAGACCUGCAGAACGCGGCGCAUCAAGCAAAGCCCAUUUGUCAGAAAUGCAUCAAAUCUCAUCGAACUUGCGUCGAGGCCAACGCGGCCAAGCAGCAGCUGUUUGCCAUCCACAUCGAGAACCAGUAUGCCGCCGGGGAGAAGAGAAGACCGAGAGGACCCCGGUCUAGUCUUGUUCCCAUACAAGCCAAUGUCGACCUGAAGACACGUGCCCAUGCAUACUAUGUCCAACAUCACUUUCAAGUCUUCCCAGACAUGCCGAACGUGGCCUUGACUUGGGCUGAAUGUCUUCACGAAUGGAAGGCAGGAGGCAAAAGCUCACCUAUCGUCGACCUGGCCUUUUCAGCCGUGGCACUUUCAGUGUUUGCUCGUUUCCAAAACUGUCGACCCGCUGCCGCUGAGGCAUCACAAUCAUACCUUAGUCUGCUCCGACACAUGCAGGAUCGUAUCCCACGCCUCAGCAGUGGAAUUCUGAGCUCGGACGAGAUCGACGAGUACCUACUAGGGGCUCACUUCAUGGCCCGAUACGAGGCAUUUGUGCAAAAUCACGGCGAAAAGACCGACUUGGAGCCUCUCAAGGAAGCCAAGUAA